UCAAAACAUCACUCCCAGAAAUAGUAAGGAAUUGAAAACCUCAUUUUCAUAUCACAUACUCAUUGAUAAAAAAAAGAUAUAUAAAACCAUUUAAAAGGUAAAAUAAAGAUUGCAAAAAGUAAGUUAAUAAGAAAAUGGAAAGAAAAGUUAUAGUUUCAGCUGUUUCUGUGAUUCUUGUAGUAGGUGUUGCCUUAGGUGUUGUUGCUCUUGUUCGAACAUCAGGCCCAAGCGGUGAAACCGUUGUUCCCAGUGAUGGAACCAAUAACAACAACGAUUUGAGUGCACAUAAUAAAGCUGUAACAGCAGUGUGCCAAAACAGCGAUGACCAUAAAUUUUGUGUUGACACUCUUAGUGCUGUUAACACCUCAGACCCAAAAGAUUACAUAAAAAGUGUUGUCAAAAAUACAAUGGAUAAUGUGAUCAAAGCAUUUAACAUGAGCGACAGACUCACAGUUGAAAAUAGCAAAAACAUUUCCAGCACAAAAAUGGCCCUUGACGAUUGCAAAGACUUGUUAGAAUUCGCAAUAGAUGAAUUACAAGCCUCCAAUAUUAUGGUUAAUGAUAACGACAUUCACAACGUUAAUGACCGUGCAUCAGAACUUAAAAACUGGUUAGGUGCUGUCAUUGCCUACCAACAAUCAUGCCUUGACGGCUUUGACACCGACGGCGAAAAGAAGAUUCAAGAACAGUUGCAAACAGACAGUUUGGAUUAUGUUGGAAAACUUACCGCGUUAGCACUUGAUGUUGUGUCUGAGAUUUCCAAAGUACUCAUUGCAUUUAACUUGGAUUUGAAGGUUAAUCCUGCUUCUCGUCGUCUUCUUGAGGUUGAUCACGAUGGUUACCCAACUUGGAUGACUGCUGCUGAUCGCAGGCUAUUGGCUGAUAUGGAUACAGGUCGUACUCCUAAACCUAAUGUUGUUGUUGCCAAAGAUGGAAGUGGCCAAUUUAACACUGUUCUUGAUGCCAUUAACUCUUAUCCUAAAGAUCAUGAAGGUAGAUAUGUUAUCUACGUUAAGGCUGGUACCUACGAUGAAUACAUUACCGUUGACAAGAAAAAGAAGAGAAUUCUAAUGUUUGGUGAUGGCCCUACCAAGACUAUCAUCACUGGUAGUAAAAAUUAUGUAGAUGGUUGGAAGACUAUGAGAACUGCUACAUUUUCUACUGUUGCAGAAGAUUUUGUUGCAAAGUCAAUGGCAUUUGAGAACACAGCAGGAGCAAGCAAGCAUCAAGCAGUAGCACUUCGCGUUCAAGGUGACAGAUCAGUAUUCUUCGACUGCGCCAUAAGAGGUUAUCAAGACACAUUGUAUGCACACGCCCACCGUCAAUUCUAUAGAAACUGUGAAAUUUCAGGCACGAUUGAUUUCAUUUUCGGGUACUCAACAACCUUAAUACAAAGCUCCAAAAUACUAGUGAGAAAACCAGGUCCAAAUCAACAAACCAUAGUGGUGGCUGAUGGAACAGAUCAAAAGAACAUGCCAACAGGUGUAGUAAUUCAGAAUUGUGAGAUCAUGCCAGAUGCAUCAUUGGAAGCUGAUAGAUUGACAGUGAGGUCUUAUUUAGCGAGGCCAUGGAAGGCUUAUUCGAGAGCUAUAUUCAUGGAAAAUACAAUUGGUGAUUUAAUUCAACCAGAUGGAUAUCUUCCUUGGUCAGGAACACAAUUCCUUGAUACAUGUUUCUUUGCUGAGUAUGCUAACACUGGACUUGGUGCUAAUUCUUCAGCAAGAGUUAAGUGGGGACAUGGAGUUCUUACCAAAGAGGAAGCAAUUAAAUAUACUGCUGAUCAAUGGCUCCAAGGUGGUGUAUGGUUGCCAGCCACUGGCGUCCCCUUUGAACUUGGCUUCACUAAAUGAAAUCCACCAUUGCAUAUAUAACUAGACCAUUAUAUAAUAUCUAUUCGUCCUCCCAAAAUAUAAGCAAAAGUUCAUCAAAUAAAGUUGAUGUAAAUAUAUCAAUUUUUUUGACAUGUUUUUGCUUAUAAUUUUGGAUACAAUACUAUAUUGUAAUUAGGUAAAACUUUAAACCUUAAAUUAUAUGGAUUAUAUCAAAAGAAGUAGAAACUACUGUAGGACCAUUAGAGAAUAAGACAAAUAUGGAUACUAGGAAUUAAAUGUGAUGCCACAAAUAUGUGGGCUUGAAAUUUAAGUUGUAUAUAUAUUUGAAACCAGGUAUAUGUAUGAAUGCUUUUUGUAUAGUAUUGUAGUAGAAAAAUAAAAUUUACUUUAUUCUAA